ACCGACAACUCUUUCACUUUCCGUUAGUGCUUUUCGUCGGCGUCAAUUUGAUCGUCUAUUUCGCUCAGUGAAAAAUCGCUUUUCCCAAAUAAUAUUUGUUUAAGAUUUGGUGCUAUAUUUUACGAACAGUUGCCAUUGAUAGGAAAACUUGGAGAACAUGCCGAAAGUGAAAUUUCAAAAAGAAGUAAAACAGCCGCAGCCUUAUCCGCCGCAGAUGCGUCGUGGAGACAACGGGAAUGGUAUAACAAAAAUGGCGACCAACAACAACGAUAAACAGGAGAGGCAGAAAUCAAUGGUUGCAAAAGACGAUUCAAGCAGCAACGAAAAUGUGCUUAUUUACUAUUUGAAGCAACACAAGCUAUCGAUAGAGUCGGCAAAAAAAAAGAUUCGAACGAAAUGGCCGAACAAUUUUAUAAAAUGAAAAUGACGGUGGCCGAGUGCAACCAAGAAAACGCUAAAUUGAAGAAUGUUGUGGCGGAAAUGGAGCAACAAGCUGAGCAGCUAAAGAUGAAUUAUGCUAAAGUUACUGAAGAAAAGCAGAAUCUAAAGCACAGCUAUGAUAAAUUCAAUGCGAUGUUCACUUCAUUCGAAACCGACUACGAUGAACGCUUCGCCAACAUGAAUCUCGACUUGAACAGGCUUAAAAGCGAUCUUUCGGCAAGUCAAAAACGCAAUGAGAUCUUGUUGACUCAGCUGAAAGAGGAGGAAAAGAGUCAAGAAAUGAUUGCUAAAUUAGGAGAAGAGCUUGGCCAGAAGGAUGCCCAAUUGGCUGUAACUGAGAUGAAACUGGCGCAACUUCAGCAGGAAAACAUGCAGAUGCAAACAGAUUUUGAUGUGAAACAAAUAGAGCUGGAACGUUACCAUGAAAACGAGCUGCAGGAGAAAGACGUUGAGCUAUCAGGAUUAAAAGGCGAAUUGCAGCAGCUAACGGAAAACUAUGCUGCAAAGAUCAAGGACGGUGCACAAUGCGAACAAAAAGUAGCCGAAUUAGAAAUGAAGUUGAAGGAGAGUGCCAAUUUAACUAUGGAAAUGGAACAAAAACAUGCCCAGGCUGGGGCAAGUUAUAUAAAAAGGCAGCAAGAACUUGAGCAAGAAACAAUGGAAAUAACAGAUAGAUUGAGGGCACAGAUUCAGCAGAAACAGGCAGAAAUAUCUUCGCUGGAGUUGGGCGUGCAACAAAUGAAAGCCAACUUUCAUCGCCAAGUUGCUGAGAAUGAUCGUUAUGUGGCUGAGUUGAGUCUGACAAAGCAAAGUUUGAAAGAGGCCGAGACGCGUCAUUUUGAGCAACAGAAACACAACGACGAGGUGUCCAGGGAGACGCUUUUGACAGUAGAACGAUUUGAGAGCGAAGCGAAAGUUAAAGAUGCCAAGAUUGAUGAGCUCUUAGCUUUCAUUGAGGAUGUGACUAAAGAAUUCAAGAGCAAGGAAAAGAAUUACGAAGAGGACAUCGCAGCGCUUAAAACCAACAUCAACGAACUAAAGGCAAAUAAUCACCAAGAAAAUGAGGCACUACAAAAUGCCCUUCAAAUAUGCGAACAUCUAAUGGACGAGCGCCAGGAGCAGUUCAAUCAAGUGGAGCUGGAGUUAUUGGCACGCAUCAAGAAGCUGAGUGAUGAACAAACAAAUUCGGCAAAAGAAUUUGAUAACUUAAAGGAACUUCACGAGAAAACAACAAAAGAACAGCAGGAUAAGCUAAAGCAGCAGCAAGAUGACUUGGAUGCUCAAAAGAAGAAUUACAUCAAUAUGGAGAAGUCUAAAAAUGCAAUUAUAACGGAGCUUAAGUACAAGAUUAGCCAUGUGCGCCAAGUCUUUGGUCAGCCUGUUGGCAGCGCCACAAUCCUCAAUUGCGAGCAGAACAAAGCCAAGACCAAUGGCACACUCGAGUUGAUGGUCGAUAAUAAUAUGGCUAUAACCCAGCAACAGCAGAAGCAGCCUGGUGAUGUCGUGGAAAUUGAUGCUGCGUCGGACGACAGUAUUUCAAAAAUUGCAGCAGCAAUCGUAGCAUCCGCUCCAGCAGCAAUUACUACAGAGCCAUCAACAUCAUCAUCAACGGCACCAGCUGCAUCUGCAAAAGCUGCAAAAUCAGUCAGACCUCGUAGACAAACUAAGCGCAGAACUUUUAAACUUUUAAAUGAUUCAGAAUUCAACUCUGAUUCCGAUGACGACGAUGUGGGAUUGUGGAAGCCAAAAUCGAAAAAAACGGUCGCAAAGAAGAAGUUUACUGAUGAAGACGUGCCGAUAACUAACGUAUUCGAUUACGUUAAGAAUAUCUAAAGAGAAGUUGAAGUGUUAAAUAUUUCUUUCAAUACUUCUGACACAUAAGUAUUUGAAAAGAAACAAACUGCUACUUUACUUACUUUACUAAUAGGAAUAUUACUCUCUUUAUCUAUUUGUAUCUUUUCAAUAACAUUUCAAUUGAUUAAUCAUUUGUAUUUAGUAUAUGUCAAGGCGUUAAAUGCCAAUUU